AAGAGAAAGUAAAAGUAAAUAAUCUGCAACAGCAACAAUAAUGCAGCAGCAUGUCGUCUGUGUUAUAAAAUGAACAAACAAAAUAACCGUGGACUAUUUCAUCUAUUUUUCUUUCAGGAAGUGUUAAAUUAACUCGACAAUGACAUCUACGAUCGCUCUCCUUUAUCCAGCGACCUUAAUGAAGUUGUUUCUCGUUUUCAUGUACUCUCCCUCUCAAGUGGACGCUACUGCUCAGUCAGAGUUGAUUUGUUCAGAUCAACCAAUCGUAGCCCUGGCUGGUGGUGAUGUCAUUUUGCCAUGUCACCUUGAACCUGCAGUCAGUGCCACUUUCUGGACAGUGGAGUGGACCAAACCUGGUUUGGACCCAAAGUACAUUCAUGUUCAUCAACAUGGAAACCUGUUGUUAAAGCAACAAAAUCCGGCCUACAACUAUCGUACAAGACUGUUUGUGGAUGAAAUGAUGAAAGGAAACGUCUCCCUGAAAAUUUUCAGCGUGAAAACAUCUGAUGCAGGGACAUACAAAUGUUUCCUCCCUUCAAUACAGAAGGAAGCUUCCAUCCAACUCAUUGUUGGAGAGUCUGAUGUGAUUGGCUCACUCGAACCAGUUACAGUAGUAGUUGGCGAUGAUGUCAUUCUGCCAUGCCACCUGGAGCCCCCAUUCGAUGUGAAGAAUCUAACGGUGGAGUGGACAUGCAAUAAAAGCAUUGUGCAUGUCUAUAGAAGUCUGGAGGACUAUCUAGAUAAUCAGGAUCAGAAGUUCAAAGGAAGAACAUCUCUCUUCCGUGAUGAAAUGACCAGAGGAAACAUUUCACUGAAACUGACCAACGUCACUGAACAGGAUUCAGGAAAUUACAGCUGCUUUGUUCCCAAACUGCACAGUCAGGUCAGAAAAGGCAACGUUACGCUCAUUGUUGAGACAAAGCAGGGACUCAAUGAAAGCAGACAGACUAAUCACACUGGUGGCAUUAUUGGCAUUUCUGGUGCUGCCAUUGCUGGUGCUGAUAUUGUUGGUGCUGCCAUUGCUGGUGCUGCCAUUGUUGGUGCUGCCAUUUUUGGUGCUGCCAUUGUUGCAGUAUUACUAAAGAAAAGACAAGACCAGAGAGGAUGCAACGUAGGAAACACAGAAGACACAGAAGAGGAGAAUAAUCCUCAAGCAGUGAUUCUGAUCAACAGGCUGAACGCUAACGAGAGUGAGGAGAAUAAUCCCGAGACUGAGACUCUGAUCAACAGGCCGAACGCUAACGAGAGUGAGGAGAAUAAUCCCGAGACUGAGACUCUGAUCAACAGGCCGAACGCUAACGAGAGUGAGGAGAAUAAUCCCGAGACUGAGACUCUGAUCAACAGGCCGAACGCUAACGACUGUGAGGAGAAUAAUCCCGAGACUGAGACUCUGAUCAACAGGCCGAACGCUAACGACUGUGAGGAGAAUAAUCCUGAGACUGAGACUCUGAUCAACAGGCUGAACGCUAACGACUGUGAGGAGAAUAAUCCCGAGACUGAGACUCUGAUCAACAGGCCGAACGCUAACGAGAGUGAGGAGAAUAAUCCCGAGACUGAGACUCUGAUCAACAGGCCGAACGCUAACGAGAGUGAGGAGAAUAAUCCCGAGACUGAGACUCUGAUCAACAGGCCGAACGCUAACGACAGUGAGGAGAAUAAUCCCGAGACUGAGACUCUGAUCAACAGGCCGAACGCUAACGAGAGUGAGGAGAAUAAUCCCGAGACUGAGACUCUGAUCAACAGGCCGAACGCUAACGACAGUGAGGAGAAUAAUCCCAAAACAGCGGAUCUGAAAAACGACAUAUCAACGACACAAAAUUGACGUGACUCACCUAUGAAGUCUCAUAGUAAUCCACCGAUCGAUUAUAUUCCAACAAAAACGGUCUUGUUACAUUGUCAAUGGUCAAGAUGAUCCAAUCCAGCAAAAAGAUUUAGCCCAAAACACAUUAGUCCAUCAUUAAAUCCAAAGGGACCGUUUCAUAUUUGCCAACAGAUGUGGCUCGCAUGUCAUUAUAACCAUAAUAACGCAGAUUUGAAUGUAAAAAAUUACGAUAGCUUGUAUUCAAAUUAGCUGCUGAACUCUGACCUUUCGAGUGACACCAAAUUCGACCCAAUACGAGCUCACAUCUGUUUUACAACCUUCAAUAGCCAAUGAGAGCCAAGACUGUAAGGAAGGGCCAGCCCCUAUUUCAUGGGUAGGCCGAGCCAAUUGCAAGCAAUUGUGCCACUAAAAUUCUGAAAAUAACAAUAUCCAGCUUUAAGUAGGAAGUUCAUGAUCUACCAGCAAAAAAACACAUCUGCAUGGAGCUACCGGCUAAUGCGGAGCGAUGCAGCAGCAGCCUUCCGCCAAGGGGUGGUGCUGUUUUAGAAAAAAUACAGACAUACACUUAGAAAAACCUAAAAUAGUAAUUUUAGGGGGAGAGCGAUAAUUGAGAUGUACCUGUGCAACAAUGUGAUAUAAACAAGAUGGGUCAAAUAUUCUCUUUGAUAUUCAAUUCUAUUCAAUUUUAUUUAUAUAGCGCCAAAUCACAACAACAGUUAUCUCACAGCGCUUUUCAUAAAAGAGCAGGUCUAGACCGUACUCUAUGAUGAUAUUUACAGAAGCCCAACAGUUCCCACCA